AUGGCGUUUGGUGUCAGUGACAUCAUACCUGCCGCAAUGAUUCCUGCUGCAUUUUUCAUUAGAGCACUACAGAAAAAGUCCAAGAAGAAAAAGAAGGCAUCUGGGAAAGGAGGGCUGAAGGCGGAGGAGAAUGAAUUGCCUUUAGGAGAAGAGAAUAAAGGUGCAGGGGGCAGUGGAGCAGAAGAGGGCCAAUCAGACAAUGAAGAAGAGGAGAGACAGACCGCAGACGGUCCAUCCGUCACGGGAUUGGCCAGCCAGAGCAGUGUGGACUCAUGUGCAGCAGAGAGGGUGCAGAACAGAGAAAAGCCCAUCCAUGCAGUUAAAAGAGAGGUCAAAGAGGAGAAGAGAAGAGACAAGUCAGAUCUAUCUCUGAAAAAUAGAAAGCCAUGCUCCAUUCUCACUCUCAGUACAUCUAUGGAUCAUCGACCCAAAGAGGAGCUUCAGCAGGACUGUCUUGUAUUGGCUGCUGUGAAACAUUCACAUGAGCUAGCCGGAGUGUGUGUUCCAGGAUCCAGAGAUCACAUUCAGCUCGGCUUGUUCACAGACAGGGACGCCAUCUACAGGAUGUUUCAGGAGGAAGCCCCUGACCUGAGACCAAUUGUAACACUGACUUCUCCAAGAGCUUUCUAACUACAUCAACCAAAC